GAAGGCCAGGGAUUAAAACUCUAGUGCUGAUCUGAGGGCUGAGGAGACCAGCAUCCAGACUUUCUCAUCUGAUUUUGAACAAUUUAACAGCCCUCCGCAGGAUCACCAUACAUCACAACUGCUCUGCCUGUGAUCUGUUUCCUGGGUUGACUAUGCCUGGAUGGAGCUGCCUGGUGACAGGAGCAGGAGGGUUUGUGGGCCAGAGGAUCAUCCGGAUGUUGGUGCAGGAGAAAGAACUGCAGGAGGUCAGGGCUCUGGACAAAGUCUUCAGAACAGAAACCAAGGAGGAAUUCUCUAAGCUGCAGACAAAGGCCAAGGUGACAAUGUUAGAAGGAGAUAUUCUGGAUGCCCAGUACCUGAGGAGAGCGUGCCAGGGCAUCUCUGUUGUCAUCCACACGGCUUCUGUCAUGGAUUUCUCACGUGUCAUACCCAGGCAGACCAUCCUAGAUGUCAAUCUGAAAGGUACCCAGAACCUAUUGGAGGCCUGUGUCCAAGCCAGUGUGCCAGCCUUCAUCUACUGCAGCACAGUUGACGUUGCAGGGCCCAACUCCUACAAGAAGAUCAUCCUAAAUGGCCGUGAGGAAGAGCAUCAUGAAAGCACAUGGUCAAAUCCAUACCCAUACAGCAAAAGGAUGGCCGAGAAGGCAGUGCUGGCAGCCAAUGGGAGCAUCCUGAAAAAUGGUGGCACACUGCAUACUUGUGCCUUAAGGCCCAUGUACAUUUAUGGGGAGAGAGGUCAAUUCCUUUCUAGAAUAAUAAUUAUGGCCCUCAAAAAUAAGGGUAUUCUGAAUGUUACUGGCAAAUUCUCCAUAGUCAAUCCAGUGUAUGUGGAAAAUGUGGCCUGGGCACACAUUCUGGCUGCCAGGGGCCUUCGAGACCCCAAGAAGUCACAAAAUGUCCAAGGACAGUUCUACUACAUCUCAGAUGACACCCCUCACCAAAGCUAUGAUGAUUUAAAUUGCACCCUGAGCAAGGAAUGGGGCCUCCGCCUUGAUUCCAGCUGGAGCCUUCCUCUGCCCCUGCUCUACUGGCUUGCCUUCCUGCUGGAAACUGUGAGCUUCCUGCUGCGUCCAAUCUACAACUAUAGGCCACCCUUUAACUGCCACUUGGUCACACUGUCAAAUAGCAAGUUCACUUUCUCCUACAAGAAAGCUCAGAGAGAUCUGGGCUAUGAGCCACUUGUCAGCUGGGAGGAAGCCAAGCAGAAAACCUCGGAGUGGAUCGGGACACUAGUGGAGCAGCACAGGGAGACACUGGACACAAAGUCUCAGUGACAGAAAGGGGGCAAGGAUGUGGUUCUGAGUGUUACCAGGUCCUCCAGCUAGGACAGAGGCACAAUCCAGGUCCUGGUGCCCCUUUUGACACAGACUCUAACUCUGUGUCUUAAUGAUGUCACUGGAAGCCUUGCUAGUCCACAAGCUUUCUUCCCUAAUCCCCACGUAGUUGUGCCUCAGCUGCUGUGACCAAAGGCUUCAGCAAUGACAAUUUCCUGUCACUUAGAGCUGAGUAUUGAUUUUCUGUUCCUCUUCAAGUCCUAAAUCACAUCCUGCUUUGGUUAAAUCGCAUUGCUUUAUAAAGCAAAAGAGAAACAGCAAUAAAUAUUGUAAUGCCUU